CGCAUGGUUAUUACUCUUUGCACCAACAUCUUAGGAAUGAUUCUUGCGAUUGCUGGAACAUCAGUUGGAUCUGAAUUCUGGGCCAAGCUGGAGAGGCCAACUGGUUGUGUCAACAUUUAUCGUCCUGCCUUCGACUACGAUUGUCAUUGUCAGCACAACAAUGAAACAAUCAAAUGUAAAUGUGUUUCUGAAUUUCUGGAAAGCAAAGUUCUGCAACAGUGAAGGUUGAGCUCACGGGGCCUUGGGUGCGAUUUAAGAAUUUUUUCGGCCUACAGCUAUUUUCAAAACUUGCAAGCUAUUAAGCUAUGCUAGUUUUGAGCUAUACAAACUUCAGUUCUGAUCCACGCAAAACAAUUGUAAUAUUCCUUUGUAUGAUAUGCUGCUCGCCUUCUGCAUCGAGUUUGUAUAUCCGAUACAACACGGUCGCUCACGUGACCAAUUAUACUUUAGGCCUAAUUUUUAUAAUUUAGACAAGUUGAUAUUCUGGUGUCGCCACCUUAAAGGGAUAUGGCAAUAUAAAUUAAGUUUGUCUUAUUUAAAAGAACAUGAUAUAUAAACUUCAUUCAUAAUUAUUCCGUUGAUUUUCGAAAUAAAUCGACUUAUUUUGAUCAAAAGCAGCGUGCAUUCCGCCAUCUUGGAUAUGCAUUCAAUAUGCAUACGUCACAAGUAGGGUAAAAAUCGAAUUUUUAAUCUUGCAAACCACAUGUCAUUAUCAAUAUGAAACUUGAUUUUCCGAAGUUUUUUUAGUACUCAAUGCAUGAACUCCCAAAAUUUUAUGAAACUUUUCGAAGAAAUUUAGUCCCGCAUGAAGAAGUUUUAACCAUGAAAUUCGCUGUGUUGGUGUAAUGUACUCAGGUGAAUAAGAUGUUUGUGUGUUGUUACUCUGAGUGUAACAACACACAAACAUCUUAGUGCCCGGUGUGGAUAUACACUCAGAGUAACAACACACAACCAAGUUUUAACCAGUUUACCUUGCUUGUGACGUCUUCAAUAACUCGGAAAAGAUUAUAUCGCUGGCCUCAGAGUGACAAAACGUAACAAAGCAACGGUUUCACUAACACAAACCCUGCUCCAAACGCCAACUCUAACCCUAACCCUAAUCCUUACCUUAAUCUAACCCUACUCCAAAUUUGUUUCUAAGCCACUCAUGAAGAAAAAAGUUUUGACGAAAUGUCAUUCUGAGGUCAGCGAAAUAGUUGAUGCCCAAUAACUCAGUUAAUUAUGUCAAUUAUAACAGCAAGAUGGCGGAUUGCACACGCAUGUUUUUGCUCAAAAUAUUUCGCAAACCAAGCAAGGUGCGAAAAAGUUAUAUAAAGGGUCUUCAUAUAUAACUUUAAAACUACUUUCAAAUAAGACAAAGUUAAUUUUUAUUGCCAUACCUCUUUAAGGCUAUAAUAGUUAUUCUAGAAGGCAAAUGGUUGAUUGUUUUGAUCAUUCAAAUAUCAUGGAUUAAGACGAUAGGAUGAUUAUUUUAUUUAUCAUAAAAAUCCGAACUACUUCUAUCAAAGCUAUUAACGCGUUGCAACUUGCAACAUCACAAAACAUUUUUGGAGGCUUUUUUUUUUGGGGGGGGGGGGCGACAUUGCCUCGUACAGGCAAUGUUUUCACCAGCUGAAACCGUUUAUGCUGUUAAAAUUCCAUUCACUGUUGCUCUCUUAAUUAGAUUCAGUUCAUUGCUGGCGAGUGGAUGUGGUGCGCGUUUGUACUGGCAUAGUCACCACAAUCUUUGGUGUUUUUGCUAUCCUUAGUUUCUUGGCAUCAAUUAACAGCUGCAUUCGAAUUUACAAUGUGUCACGGGUAAAUUAUGCUUAAUUGGUACAAAUAUAAAAAAUAAAUUAUUGUUAAUUAAUGCUACAAUACAGGGUGUAUAAAAAAAACUGAACAGAUUUCAAAUCUGAGUUCAGUUUUUUUUAUAAUGCAUGGUUCCACGAUUAGUUCAUUAGGAGUUUUCAGUCAUUCAUCGCUAGAUUUUAUUGAAAUGCUGAAAGAUCUAAAGUCUGAUGAGCAAUGUAGAGUUUUUGAAUAAAUUAUACUGCAAAAGAAUUAAUGCGUUUUUGAACAGACCAUGCAAUGGGAUUGUAGAAUUGGUCAGCCGAUCCCAGGGCCAUUUUCGCCGACCUUCAGCCGUGGAAGCAAAAUGCUCUGGGGGCGAGGUUGAACUAUAAAGUGACACUAUACUCUAUAGUCUAUACUUAUUACUUUUGAGGGCGUGAUAACAUACAGAAAAUCUCCUCUUAACAAUUCUACCUAUUGUAUAAAUGUAUCAAAGCAAUGACAUAUAUCUUUGAUCUUAUAGGGACCAACUGCAGUCGACAUAAUAGCUCAACAACCAAACACACUGGUCCUGACCACCUCACAAGCACAUAACGAACAGCCAUCACCGUAUAGUCACCCCGCUGGCGCUGGUCAAUAUGAAAUGAUCUUCUGA